AUGACCAACAGUUUCGCGUCUGCCGCCCACAAUAACGUCAUUCCGGGCGCUCGCCGCCCAGCGGACAUGUCCUUCAGGCUGGCACGGCUGCUGGAGGAGAUCAAAUCUCCAGGCCGGACGGCAGCAGCCGCCGCUGCCGUUUCAGCAGGAAAUACAGCCGGGGUGGGCUCGUGCAGCAGAGAUCUGAUUCGCCGGCCAGUGAUUCGCCAGGUGGCGGGACGCAAGAGGGCGACCCAAACCGGAAACGUGGGAGGUUUAGAGCGGUACCAAUCCGUCCAGCACUGUUUACCGCAUGCAGAUGCUGCUGCCACGUGGCAGGAUGCCACUGGCCGGCCAACGCAGUCAAGCAGGUCAACGGCAGGUGCAGGCGCGGCUCCCAGGAAGCGGAGGGCGAGCUCUGGGGGGGGGAAGGUGCGGGGGGAACAAGGGGAGGAGGGGACGGCGGGGGAGGGCGUCUGGCGAGGGAGCAGUGGGGCUGGGGGGGGGCAAUUAGCAGGGGCGGGAGCAGGAACAGGGGCAGGAAGACCAGCAGAUGCAUCAGAUGGGGCAGGGGCAGGGGCAGGUUUCUUACUGGGUGGAGGGCUGGAUGGUGCUUUGCUGGGGCAGAUGGGGGGGAUGGACCAGAUGGGGGGAAUGGGGCAGAUGGGGGGAAUGGGCCAGAUGGGGGGAAUGGGGCAGAUGGGGGGGAUGGGCCAGAUGGGGGGAAUGGGGCAGAUGGGGGGAAUGGGGCAGAUGGGGCUUGAUGCAUCUUCGCUUGAGUGCAUGGGGGUGAGUCCCGGCAUGCUGGCAGGCAUGGGCGUGGACAUGGGUAUGCUAGAGCGCAUGGGCGUGGACAUGGGUAUGCUAGAGCGCAUGGGCGUGGAUGCUGCUAUGCUGCACGGCCUGGGGUUCACCGCUGAGUCGUUGGAACAGUUGGGCUUAGGGGGUGAGGCCAGUGGCUGUGCUGCUGAUACUGGUGGUGGUGGCUCUGGUGGCGCUGCUGAUACUGGUGGUGGUGGUGUUGGUGGCGCUGCUGGUAGGGCUGAUGCUGCUAGUGUGCGUGCUGGUUGCUCUGCUGAUGCUCCCGGGGGGACUGGUGGCGAUGGGGAGUGGAGUAGGGAGGACGGGAGGGACGAGGAGGAAGAGAUGGAGGAGGGAGAGGAGGAGGAGAGGGUGGGGAGUGGAAGGGGAAAGGGAGGGGAGGAGGAGGAGGUAUCGAUGGCAGUGGUGCUGCAGAGGCUGGAGGAGCUGGCAGAGGCGACAGCAGCACGCGACGAGACCCUUUCUCGCCGGCUGCUGCCCCACCUGCGCCCACUGGUGAACGAGCGGGGCAGUGCAGCACAGAGAGUAGCAGCGCACUUCACCCAGGCGCUCGCAGCCAGGCAGGCGGGGUGCGGGGCAGAGCAGUACAACCGCGGGCUCAACGCGUCCUCCCAGGAGAUCGCGGCAUCCAUGGAGCGCUGCUUUGCCUCGCUGCCCUAUCUCGACUUCUGCCACGUGGCGGCUAUGCGGCCUGUGCUGGCGGCGGUGAACGGCAGCCGUCGGAUCCACAUCAUCGUGUUUGGGUUCUGGAUGGGGCGGUACUGGCUGGAGCUGCUAGAGGCCCUAGCUGCUUUCCCUGGCGGCCCGCCCUCUCUCAGAGUAACAGGCAUCGACAUCACAUGCAGGAACGAACUGACAGACUCCAAGUCCUCUGCUGCUUUCUCUGGCCGUCUUCUCUCCCGCGCUGCCGCUGCCCUCGCCAUCCCCUUCCGCUUCAAGGCCGUUGUUCUCCCUGUCGGCCCUGCUGCUGCUGCCGCGCCGCUGGGGGGGAAGGCAGGGGGCGGCGGAGGGGGGAUGGGCGGGGGGAGCGGGGGAGGAAUCGGGGGGAGUGGGGGAGGGGUUGGGGGAGGGUUUGGGGGGGCGAUGGGGAUGCGGUCGGUGGUGGGGGGGUUGGAGGAGGAGGUGGAGGUGGAGGAGGGAGAGGCGACGGUGGUGCAGUGCAACAUGAGCCUGCUGUUCCUGGCUGACGACUCGGUGCUUCGGGCCAACCCACGAGAUACGCUUCUCAGGGUACGUGGGGGCUGGGUGGGCUCCCCACCCACCACUGUGGUCAUCCACAUGGCCACGCCUCUUAACCCACGCUUCACCCUCUCCCGCCCCCACUUUCUCCUUCCGCCACACCCCAACUGCCGUUGUGAGUGGCCCUCCGUUGGAGUGGAUCCGUUCGCUCUCCCCACUCACCACCGUCAUCGUGAGCUUUUCAAUCCGCCCUUCAAUACCCACCCCCUUGGACCCCCCCUCCCCACCUUUCUUUUCCAGUGGAUCCGCUCCCUCUCCCCACUCACCACCGUGGUCGUCGAGAUGGACGCGCCACUCAACUCGCCCUUCUUCCUCCCGCGCUUCCGAGCCGCCCUCCGAGUCUUCUCCUCCAUCUUCGCCUCUCUCGACGCCGCCUUACCACGGGAUAGCCCGCACCGCCACACAUGCGAGCGCCUCUAUUUCGCCCGCGACAUUGUGAAUGUUGUGGCCUGUGAGGGCAUUCAGAGGACGGUUCGGGCGGAGAGCCUGGAGCAGUGGCAGGCUCGGAUGCGCCGAGCCGGAUUUUUAGGUUUGGAGGUGGGAGACGAGGUGAUGGAGGAGCUUCGGGGGGUGUUGAGGAAGGGAGGGAGGAAGUAUGGGGGGUAUGUGGUGUUGCAGCAAGGGAAUGGAGUGAGGUUGUUGUGGGAAGGGAUUCCUGUACUGGCUGCUUCUAUGUGGCUUUAA